GGCAGAUGUGAAGCUUUACUUAGUUCUAAAAACACAACACUUGAGUUUUUAUCUGAAAAUGGAUAGCAGUAAAAGAGAUCUCAUUCCUCAACAGAAAUGGAUGAUAAUAUUUAUGCAAAUACACUGGACCUUCAUCCAAAGUCCAAGAAUUGCACAGAGCUGAAAGACAACAAGAAAACAAAAAGAUCUUCAUAUCUGUUUUUGGUCUCCUUCUAAUGCUCGGUGUUUUAUCAACACUCUGUGCUGUAGGGAUAUUGUAUCACAAUAAAGAAGUGUUGUAUGAGAUAUUAAGCAAGAAGAAUGCUAAUAUUACAGCAACAUUGAUGCUGCAAGAACAUGAAGCAAAUGAGACAGAAAGGCAGUAUGAAGCACAGAAGGUGAAGUAUCAACAAGUUCAAAAAGAGCUCUCUGAAUGCAAAGAGACAGAAAGGCAGUAUGAAGCACAGAAGGUGAAGUAUCAACAAGUUCAAAAGGAGCUCUCUGAAUGCAAAGUGACAGAAAAACUGCUGAAGAUGAAGUAUCAUCAAGUUCAUGAACAAAUUAUCUCUGCAUGCAAAGAAAAUCAAAGUUAUAAACUUUGUGAGAAAGGAUGGAAGUCUCUUGGUUUGAAAUGCUACUACUUCUCCACUUCUAAACUGAACUGGACUCAGAGUAGAGAUGACUGUGUGAAGAAAGGAGGCCACCUGGUGAUUAUAAGCAGCCGAGCUGAACAGGAUUGUUUAUCUUCGCAACUUCAAAUUACACAUUGGAUUGGCCUGAAUGACUUGGAGACUGAGGGAAAGUGGAUGUGGGUGAACAACCAGUCCUUGAAUGAGACGGGUGUGACGUUCUGGUUUAGGUCACCAAAGGGACAAAAUGAACCCGAUAACUGGACAGUGCAAGACCCUUCUGGAGAGAACUGUGCUUCUCUGGGGAAUGGAAAUGGUAACAUACAUACAUGGUUUGAUGCUUCAUGUAAAACACUUAAAAAGUACAUUUGUGAAAGGUAAACAACUUCUCUUUUCACAUGGAAAUGUUUUUUUAAGGUUUUUUUUUAAAUAACAAUUUUGUUUGUCUAAAUCUAAAGAUUUUAAUUUACAUGUGGGUUGUGUUUAUAACAUAUUUACAAACUGCUUUAAUCUUUAAUACAUUUCUAAGAUAGCACUGUAUUAGAUCAUUAGAAAAUAGUGUGACGAUGUUAAACUGUAGAGUACUUGGAGCGAUGAAAACUUUGUUAUUCCCGCAUUUGGAAUAACCUCAGAGCAUGAAAGCAUUGAAAGAUUUCUCCUUAAAAUGUCACCCAUGUCUGUAUAAAUAUGAAAUAUGGUGUUUUUAUUUUAAAUUAGCUUAAACUAGAUGAUUUAUCUGUAAAUACUAAUGUUAUGUACAUUUACUGAUAUAGCAGUGUGCAUUAUACAA